UUAUAUGUAUAUACCAAUCUUAUACUCAGUCAUUUCUUGAAUCAUCUCCUUCAUUUUUCUUGACAAAAAAGUAAUGGAAAAUCUUAAUAAUUCGUCGUUAAAUAUAAGCGGCGAGUGUUUUGAUUAUAUUCGUGUGUAUUCAGAAGGAAUUUGGAAUGUAAAACAUGGUGAUUCGUUUCUUGAACAUUCUUUUAUUCGUUUCCAAAUUCAAAUACUAGCAAUGUUUCUCAUUUCUAAUACGUUUUAUCAUGUUUUAUUCAAGCGUUUGCAUAUUCCGCGAUUUUCUUCGGAUUUCAUGGCAGGCCUUAUAUUGGGAAGAUCAGGUCUAGAAUCUUUAUUUCCUGAGCAGGCACUACUAUUAUUCCCUCCAGUCCCUAAUCAAGUUUUUGCUUCAUUAAUAAAAGUUGGAUAUGUUCUGUUCACAUUUCUAACAGCAGUCAGAUUGGAUACAAAUUGCAUAAACAGAAUAGGAAGAAGAGGCCUAAUUUUAGGAUGUUUAAUCUAUGCAUUUCCAUAUGCAAUGACAACAUCUUUCGACAUCACGUUAAACCCGAAAAUCCACAUUACUCUUCCAGAAGCCGGCGCGCAGAUCAACAAUGUGAAACUAUACGUAUCGGAAUUCGUAAGAAGCCAGUUCAUUGAUAUCAGUGUUGUUCUGAUGCAACUCAAGAUUACAAAUUCUCGGCUCGGACAUCUAGCGCUAGCCAUGACGGUUAUUGGAGAUGUGGUGCAGUUUUUCGUUGGAAACGUUAUGAACAUUCUCUCUAGGGAGCGGAUUACGUCCACGAGAGUCGUGGCCGACUCGUUUUUUUUGCUGAUACUUUUUCUUGGAUUCACUAUUAUUAUCAUGAGAGCACUGUCAUUCUGGUUCAUCCGAUUAACUCCUGAAGGCAGACCGAUGAAGGAUCUUUACGUGCAUGUUUUCGUAGCGAUUGUGUUGGUUUUAUCAUCAAUUGGAGAUGCAAUGGGGCUGCAUUAUUUAUGGGGGCCAUUUGUGCUAGGUUUGAUAAUACCAGCAGGCUCACCAUUAGCUACAACUCUUACAAAAAAGCUUGAUACUAUGGUUUAUGGGUUACUUAUUCCUCUUAUGAUUGCAUUUUGUGCUACUAAAGUUACUUUAUGGACAUUUUUGGCAGAUAUAGGCUCUGCUGUCUACUUUCAGAUGGCUAUUAUUAGCUAUAUGUUUAAGCUGGUUGCAACUUUUAUAUUUGUGAUAGCUCUUAUUAAAAUCUCUUACAAAGAAGCGGUUGCUCUUACGCUGAUUCUGAAUGUCAAAGGCGUUAAUGAGCUCGGAUAUAUUUUGAGCUUCACUCGCUUGGAGAGUGGCAGUUCGGACAGUGUAAGCGGGCUUCUGUUAAUUUUCUUAUUAACAUCAUAUGCACCACCUAUAAUAAAAUUGCUAUAUGAUCCAAGUAAGCAUUACAUGGGCUAUAGGAAAAAAUGCAUUGAGUAUACUCCAUUAGAUGCUGAGCUUAGGAUACUAUCUUGUGCACAUAAGCAAGAGGAUGCUAUGGCAGCAAUCAGGCUUUUCGAACUUUCGAAGCCAACGGAAGUAAGUCCGAUAUCCAUUUACGGACUCUGCUUGGAAGAACUCGUUAGUAGUAUCGCUCCUCUGCUAAUCAACCACCAACUCGGCCAAAAAAGCGCAAAGUUACAAGGCCCCUCUCUAUCUCGAUCACACUCGAUCUUCGAGAUAUAUAGAUAUUUCAAGUCGCAAUUCAAACUGUCGGCUCAGAUCAACGUUUUUACUGCAGUUUCGCCUGUCAAACAGAUGCACCAAGACAUCUGUUCGCUGGCAUUCGACAAGAGUUGUUCUCUAAUAGUACUUCCAUUUCAUCAGAAAUGGCUUAGCAGCGGAAAAUUAAUCUCGAGCAGCAUUGAAUUCCGCAACUUGAAUAUUAGUGUUCUCGACAGGGCGCCCUGUUCCGUUGGAAUUCUGAUCGAUUGUGGUAAAAACCGCAGCCUGUCUUCCAUCUUUGACUCGACCAUAGUGCAUCAUAUCGCUGUAAUAUUCGUCGGGGGUGUAGAUGAUCGAGAAGCUUUGGCUUACUCAAUGCGAAUGACGAGCAAUCCGAAACUUAAGCUAACGGUUAUAUAUUUCAAGGCGGCCAAAGGUAAGGAACCUGAGGACUGGGAAACAAUGCUGGAUCUUGAAUCUCUAAGAAAACUGAAACAAGAAUCAGGGUUAAACAUGAAUAUUAGUUAUAUGGAAGAGACCGUAAGAGACGGAUCUGAUACCGCUGCGAUAAUUAGAUCAAUGGAAGGAAAAUUCGAGCUUAUAAUUGCGGGGAGACGCCAUGAAAGUAACCCGGAAGUAGUGUCAGGAUUGUUCGAAUGGCCCGAGUUUCCGGAGCUUGGACCGAUAGGAGACUUUCUUGCUUCUUCAGAUAUUGUGAGUUCAGUUUCAGUAUUAGUGAUGCAACAGCAAAUCCUGAAAGCUAAUCAUAGCAGUGUUCUGAAUUAAUUCUGAUGUUUGUAAUUGAAAAUAUGUUGCAAAUAUUUAGUUUAUUCUUUUAUUCAGUUAGGCAAAUACUGAUAGAGAGCAGCA